CGCUAAUCAGUCGCACACCAUGUAACAUGAGCUUCCGCUUUGUGGAUGGCUAGGCAAGCUAACUAGGACAAGGGCGAGGUGACGUUUCCGAAUUCUGUGUUUAAAACAAUUAUGUUUUGCAGAGUUUUGUGCUUCAAAUGUUCACAUUUGAAUGAUAGUUGUUUGUAUGGUUUUGUCGUGGUAUGCAUAGUUGGCAACAUUUUACUUCUAGUCACUGGGUGGUUUGAUAACCGGUCCCUGCAAUUCAAGGUUACUUCAACAUGAACGGUGCAUCAUAUCGAAUACAUCUUGCGAGUAAUAUCUUACGGUAACUUUCAGUUCUUUACCGAAACUGUCCAUUAGGUUAACUUGCCAUGAACUUCCCCUGCUGUACAGGUUAGAACCAUGUGGUGAGUCCUGCAACAGAAACAUGGCUUUAAAGGUGAUCCAGAGACUUCAGCUUUUCGGGCAGACCGGAGCACACCUCUGUCCUCCAAUUGGGCUGGGUCGCUUCUCCGGUCUCCUGACUGCUUCAGCAGAGGAGCUUCUUUGUGCAGCAUGCCUACGGACCUCAGCGGACCAAUGGAUCCAGGGACAGGGAUGUCGUAAACUCAUUCAGCCCGUGUGUGGGAGGAUGAACUUCUCCACCAUUGCCAAGGACCCGUUCUACACCGCCGGGUCCGUCGCCCUCCACAAAGACUCAGUCCCCAGGUUCUGUCUGAGCCAUCUGCACCAGCCCACAGACGGGGAGGAGAAAGCCUUCCUGGACCGCCUGAAAGGCUGCUCGUCUUCCAGACAGGUGCUGAGGCUCCUCCGCACCGUUGAAAUCAUGUCCGACACCAUGGCAGCGGAAGCGCUGCACCGCGUGGCCGACCUGGAGCGAGAAGGCCACUCCCUGAAGGACCCUGCUGUGCUGGAGAAGGACCCUCUCUGGUCCCUGUGCUGCCAGCUGGAGGAAGACUCCGGGCGUCUGACCGAGGCCGGUCUGGUGUCUGCCCUGCUGGCCUGCACGCGCCUCUACCUGGACCCAUGGAGCACGCUGGUGGUGCGGCUGGUGUCCGAGAGCCAGAGGAGGCUGGACAGCACCCAAAUGAGCCUGGGCCAGCUGUGCACUCUGGGGCGGGCCCUGCUGGCUCUGGAGGGCCCGGGCUGCGGGAUGCUGGAACAGGUGAUGGAGCAGGUCCAGAGGCAGGAGCCGGCCCAGUGGAGCCCGAAAGAGCUCACAGAUGUAUAUGGGCUGCUGCAGGCUGGGGUAGGGAUGGAGGCCCGCUAUCAGGGCCUGCUAAACACUAUGCACUCCCGCGCUGUAUCGGUGAGCUCCCGUAUGGAUCCGUUGGCUGUCAGCAGUGUGCUUGGUGCCUUGGUGGUCAUGAAUCAGACCCAAACCGUGCCUCUGGUCAUCAGCCUGUGCAAGCAAGCGGUCCGGCACAUACCCCACUUCAGAGACGAGGAGCUGGGGAUGGUGCUUGGGGCGCUCAUGCACUUCGGCCACAGUGAUCACUCCUUCGUGGAGGCCAUGGAGAGACAUGUGCCCAAGACAGCGUUCACUGCCCACCCCGAGACGGUGACCAAAGUGAUUCAUUACCUCGGGCGGCGGAACAUCCUGUCGCCGGCGGUGUUCGACGCGGUGGCGGAGAGCUUUGUGUACCGGGCGGACGACUACACGACCAGCCAGGUGGCCAGGCAGAUCAUGGCAUUCGGGAAGCUGAACUACCUGCCGCCCAACGCCGGCGAGGUGUUUCGGAAGGUGGAGGCCGUCUUGGACACCCGCUUCUCUCACUUCCAGCCACGGACACUCCUCAACUUGCUGCACUCCUGCAUUUUGGUGGAGCGGUUCCCUGUCAACUUUGUGUCCAAGGUCUUCAACCGUUUCUUCCUCCAGCAACUACAAGAGCAAGACACCGGUAUUGACCGAAUUGUACUGGCCCAGUUGACUCAACUCUACAUGACUGUCAAGCUUGAAUGCCCUUUCUAUGCGGGUCCCAGGCUCCUUCCUGCCUAUCAUGUCAAGUCUUUCCUCACUCCUGGUCGCUCUCUGGAGACUCCUGUGGACGGUCACCUCUACAACCGCGUAAAAAACGGACUAGUAGAUCUACUCGGGGACCGAGCCUACUUCGCUUCCAGAGUCCUUACCCCACACUGCUACACACUGGAUGUGGAGAUAAAGCUUGACGAGGAAGGCUACGUGUUGCCUGCCUGUCGAAUGGAUGACGUCUUUAAGAGGAUAGCAGUUUGCAUUGACGACCAGAUGCGGUUCACUGUGAAGGAAAUACGACUGCUGGGCAAAGAGGCCAUCAAGCAGCGGCACCUCAGGAUUCUGGGAUAUGAAGUGAUUCAGAUUCCUUACUAUGAAUUUGAGAAGCUUCGGAACAAGACGGAAGUUGUUGAGUACCUUCACAAGAAGAUCUUCCCCCUCAGCUACAGGCUGAGUUGGUGAUGACUAGCUCACCCAACACCUUAUGGCUGUGAUGAAAACAUAACGUGGCGGCUGUCUUAAGGACAACUCCAAAA